GUCAUCUACGCGCGAAAAAGUUGUGUGGCGUGUGUGCUUUUGCUCUCCGUUGUGUCGUAAGAUGCGUUUUAUUUCACUCACAUUUCAGUUUUAAUUUUCGGGUUUCAUAGUGUGACCGAGACGGAGUAGUGUUCUACAUAUUAACACGGAUAUUUGGUGCAGUUGCAACACUUAACGUUAAUCGCCUGAUCUGCAACAUGAGCCGCUACAUCACAAGACUGAGUAUGAGAAGAACUUACAAAUGGAACGGCAGACCUGUGGGUGAAGACCGGAAACUCAGAAGGCAAUACUAUGGAUCCAUGUCGAUUUCUGUGGAUGGAAGAACAGAAGAUGUGACCGUAUCCUUAGGGCAGUACAUUUUGAUUGAGGGCGAAAAUGAUGACAAUCCCUAUGUGGCACAGCUUCUCAAACUCUACACUGAUGGAAAGAUGAAGACUGCUGUGGUGCAGUGGUUUGUGCGGAUUUGUGAAGUUCCUCAAUAUAAGCGCAAGCUCUUGGGCAGAGACCCUCACCCACAGGAGGUUUUUUUCUAUCAGGAUAGCUCUUGUGAUAAUGAGGUGGAUGGAGAGAGCAUUCUUGCGCCAGUACAGAUCAUGUACAUCGCACCUGAGCAUCCUUUUCCAGAGGGAAAGAGCAAAGACAUGCUAUUUGUCAAACACUCAUGGGACACAAAAUCCUUCCAAGCGGUGGAUCCUGAGCUGAUAGAACCUCCUCCCAGCCCUAAAUCUCCCCCGCCAUCUUCACGGGGCCCUCAGGCUCGUCCUCUUCCAACACCAGACCCCUCAAUAAUGAAAAGGGCCAUAACAGGUGCUAUUACCCGCGGCAGCAUGAGCACCGGAAAAAUGAGCUCCACUGAAGCAGAGUCUCUCCAUUCUGCUUCCAAGCUCUCAGCAGCUAAAGCUCUUAGUGCAAAGAGGAGGAGCAGAGCUUCCUCGGGGCCACAUGUUCGUAAAAAGCUGGAGCUGUGCAGUCCAAGCAAAAACAUGUCCCGAGAUGAUGUUCUGGGGGAGAUUUUGGAUAAACACAUCGAUACAGACAAAACACUGAUGUCUAAGAUUAACUCGUCUCCAUCAGGCCGCAUUUCUAUUUCUAUUAGACUGACUCCAGUUAAAUGUAAUGAGGAGCAGCAGAUCUUGCCUCUGUCAUCACACAGCCCUGAUAAACCCACACUGACUGCAUAUGGAAGUGACAGUGCGACCAGUGUCUUUCUCGGGGUGCCGGCACUGGGUGACGAUGACUCAGAGUCACUCAAUAAUACUGGCAGAACACCUCGCAAAAGAGAGGCAACUCCCAGAAGAGCAAGUGUAAGGGGGUUGAAGGCAAGAACUCCAUCUAGGAGGAAAGAUUCAGCGUCACUCAAAGAACCAGCACUGACAGCUUUAGCUGAAGAGGAGCAUGAAGAUUCGCCUGCACAGACUGCUGCAACUCCCCGCUCUAAGAGGAAAUCUGCCCAGCUUGUGUCCUCGCGCAUCAGAAAGCAGCUAAAUCUGAUUGCCAACAAGUUUGACCUGCAGUCAGAUGGUGAGGAUGGCGAUGAGGAUGACUGCUUUGUACCUUCUAAGAUUGACCUGCAGAGUAGCAGCGAUGAAGAACUGGAGGCAAAGGUUGACAGCGAAGAUGAACUUGUAGUGAAGAAGCGCAGAGGCUCCCGAACACCCCGAGCUACGGAUAAAAGCUGUGUCUCUGCUAGGACCCCAUGUAAAACACCUAGCAAGAAGGCUGCUCCAUCCACCCCACGCACACCACGUCAUGCCACCCCUAGCAUACCCAGCAGGACUGCACCUGCCAGGAAACCAGGAAAUGUUCUGGAAGAAGCACGUGCACGGUUACAUGUUUCUGCUGUUCCUGAGUCUUUGCCAUGUCGUGAACAAGAGUUUCAGGACAUUUACAACUUUGUAGAGAGUAAAGUCAUUGAUGGCACUGGAGGGUGUAUGUAUAUCUCAGGUGUUCCUGGAACUGGCAAAACAGCCACAGUGCAUGAAGUGAUCCGAUCUCUUCAGCAGUCUGCAGAACAAGACGAGAUCCCCCAUUUUAACUUCAUCGAGAUCAACGGCAUGAAAAUGACAGACCCACAUCAGGCUUAUGUACAGAUUCUACAGAAACUGACUGAUCAAAAAGCAACAUCUGAUCAUGCAGCUGCUCUCCUGGAGAAACGCUUCAGUGCUCCUGCGCCCAAAAAAGAGACAACUGUGCUGCUAGUAGAUGAGCUUGACCUUUUGUGGACCCGUAAGCAGAAUGUGAUGUACAACUUGUUUGACUGGCCAACACGACGCAACGCUCGUCUGGUGGUCCUCACUAUUGCAAACACCAUGGACUUGCCUGAGAGAAUCAUGAUCAAUCGUGUUGCUAGUCGAUUGGGACUGACAAGAAUGUCCUUCCAGCCAUAUACAUUUAAACAGCUACAACAAAUCAUCACGUCCAGACUGAACAGGGUAAAGGCUUUUGAAGAAGACGCUCUUCAGCUGGUCUCAAGAAAGGUGGCAGCUCUUUCAGGUGAUGCACGACGUUGUCUUGAUAUCUGCAGACGGGCCACAGAGAUUUGUGAACACUCUGGAAACCAGCAGAAAGGCAGUGGAUUGGUGGGAAUGAGUCAUGUGAUGGAGGCAUUAGAUGAGAUGUUCUCCUCUUCCUACAUCGCAGCCAUAAGGUCUGCAUCUGUUCAGGAGCAGCUCCUCCUGAGGGCUGUAAUUGCAGAGUUUCGUCGACUGGGUCUAGAAGAGGCCACUUUUCAACAGGUGUUUGUUCAGCACCAGGCUCUGUGUCGCGUUGAAGGUUUGCAGCCAGUGAGUGUGUCUGAAGGGUUAUUGGUCUGUCAGAGGCUGGGCUCCUGUCGCUUGCUGCUGCUUGAAGGAAGCCGUCUGGACCUGUUUCUCCGAAUCCGUCUCAAUGUUAGUCAAGAUGAUGUGCUUUAUGCCUUGAAGGCUGACUAAAAACUCGGCCAUGCUGUCUAGCAUGUUUCAGGCUAUUAUGGCGAUCCAUAGCAUAAUUUUAUGAACCGUUUAUUGUCUAAAAUGUUUAAAUAAAUUAUCUAUUUUAAUGGUUAAUAAUUCUACACAGUUCUAUAAGCACAUUUUAAUAUGCUCAUUCUUUGUGUGUUUAACUGUAUCUCUUGGCUUCUAAUCAUGUCUUCACAUUCAAGCUUAAAUGUCUUUUGGAAAACUUACACAAAGGCUUUAUUAUUAAGCAAUUUAGUGUGGGAGAGCGAGACUCGCACAUUUCUUUAUUAUCAUUUAAUGAUUCACAUAAAAUAUACAUUUUUCAUAUAGUGUGCCAAAAUGUUGGAUGUUUCAAAUUUUAUGCAAUAAAGCUAUUGACUGAACUGAU